AUGGAACAAUAUGUGACAACAAUCCAAACAGAUUGUUCAGAUAUUCUAAUCUACACAUUUCCAGUUCUGUUCAUCGCUACUUUGGGAUGUAUUUUCCUUCAUUUAGUCAAGUAUGCUAAUGCACAUGAUGAAAGAGGAACCUCAAAAGGUACUCGUUUCGCCUCAUGGAGUCGACCAGCAAUCACAAAAGGUCCUCUAGGCAUUGUUUCAUGGACAGAAUUGUGUUUCUUAUUCAUGUUCGCUGCCCUUCUUAUUUGGACAAUUUCAUCUUACACACAUGGCCUAUUCAAGAGAAUAACCAGACAAUCUGCAGCAAUGAUGGGAGUAGAAAUAUGGCAAGCUAAAUUAGAAAGACUGGCUCUCAUACUAGGCCUUGUAGGAAACAUCUGUCUAGCCUUUCUCUUCUUUCCAGUAACCCGAGGAUCAUCCAUUUUGCGACUCUUCGGACUCACAUCAGAGUCAAGUGUCAAGUAUCAUAUUUGGCUGGGUCAUGCUGUCAUGGCCCUCUUCACUGCUCAUGGCUUAUGUUUCAUAUUCUUCUGGGCUAAUACUCAUCAGCUUUCAAAAAUGUUGCAGUGGCACAAAGUUGGAGUUUCCAAUGUGGCUGGAGAAGUAGCCUUGCUUGCAGGAAUAGCUAUGUGGUUUACAAGUUUCUCACGAAUCAGGAGAAAGUUGUUCGAGCUUUUCUUCUAUACACAUCAUCUCUACAUUAUCUUCGUAGUGUUCGUCGUAUUCCAUGUUGGAUUUACCUACUCCUGCAUAUUUCUUCCUGGAUUUUACCUCUUCUUGAUUGACCGUUAUUUGAGGUUCUUACAAUCUCAACAACGCGUGUGCUUGGUUUCUGCACGUAUUUUACCUUGCCAAGCUGUGGAGUUAAACUUCUCUAAAUGUCCAGGACUAAGGUACAAUCCAACGAGUUCAGUUUUCAUAAAUGUUCCUAGUAUAUCAAAGCUGCAGUGGCAUCCAUUUACAGUGACUUCCAACAGUAACAUGGAAGCUGAGAAACUCAGCAUUGUCAUAAAAAAUGAAGGGAAAUGGUCUCAGAAACUGAUUGAGAAGCUCUCAUCAACUACAGCAGAACACCAUUUUCAAGUUUCUCUUGAGGGGCCUUAUGGACCGACUUCAACCCAAUUUUUGAGGUAUCAAACGAGUUGA